AUGCAUCUCAAGUCCUACGUGACAGCCGCCCUGUACGGGCUACCUGCUCUGGCGAGCGCGGUCCCAUCGCCGUCUUCCUCGCAGGCUGCGACUCCUAUGCCGUCUGCUGCUAGCUCGGGGGCGGAUCACGUUAAGAGCUAUACAAUCAAGGCAGAGAAUAUCACUGCUAAGCUGAUUCCGCAUGGCGCGCGUCUCACCUCCUUGCUAGUCCCAGAUCGUGAUGGCAAUGUCCAAGAUGUCGUUGUUGGCUAUGAUGAUCCCGAGGAGUAUCUCCAUGAUAGUCAGACUAAUCGCACCUUCUUCGGUGCGGUUGUCGGUCGUUAUGCCAACCGUAUCAAGAAUGGCACUUUCACCAUUGAUGAUACCGAUUAUCACGUUCCUACAAAUGAGAACGAUGGCCUAGACACCCUUCACGGUGGCUUCAUCGGGUACGACAGACGCAACUGGACAGUCACUUCACACAGUGAUUCAUCCAUCACUUUCACCUUGUUCGAUCAAGGCCUUGAAGACUUCCCCGGCGAUGUCAUCACCCAUGCCACUUUCAGCGUAUCCACUGAGAAGAGCCCCGCCAACCCCAAGGGCCUCCCUCAACUGACCACCAAGCUGGUCGCUCUCUCCCUGACCAAGAAGACCCCCAUCAUGCUAUCCAACCACAUCUACUGGAACCUGAACGCAUUCAAGGAGUCCACCGUGCUGAAUGACACCACCUUGCAGCUACCUCUGUCACAUCGAUUCAUCGGCGGUGACAGCAUCCUCAUCCCGAACGGCACUGUCCACGAUGUCGAAACCGCCUACCAAGGAUCUCUGGACUUCACAAGCCCCAAGCUCAUUGGCCAAGACAUCGACAAGACCACCGGCCUCUGCGGCGGCGGUGACUGCGUCGGCUAUGACACCUGCUUCCUCGUCGACCGACCCUCCACAUACGCCCCUGACUCAAUGGCCACAGCUCUGCACGCCGCAUCCAGCACCACCGGUAUCAGCCUCGACGUCGCGACCAACCAGGCCGCGUUGCAGAUCUACACCUGCAGCGGCCAGGACGGCACCAUCCCGACCAAGCAGUCGCAGGCGAAGCGUAACAAGGCAAAUGGCGGUGAUUCCGGUCCAACGCAUGUUAACAAGUACGGUUGCCUGGUUAUCGAGCCCGAGGAUUGGAUCGAUGGUAUCAAUAACCCCGAGUGGGGUCGUGUUCCUUACCAGGUCUUUGGUCCUGAUGAUGGGCCCUCGAUUAACUGGGCUACCUACCAGUUCGGCACUAUUUAA